AUGAAUCCCCAUUGCACACGGAAGGUCAUAGGUGGCGAGUUACAGGAGCGCUUGAUACCAGUGCCCUACAGCAAGACCUCCACCGAUCAAGCUAUCCGCGUGGUGAACGCGUUCCGGCAGGGGCUGGACUCGCGCGGCUCGCUGGCGGACGCGGCGCUGGCCGAGGCGCUGCGCAAGCAGACCGCGCUCUCGAAGCGCUUCUCGCACGCGUCCAGCGUCGAGUACGCGGACACGCGCGACUCGCUCGCGCCCCACGACCUGGACGUGGAGCGGCUCUCCAGCCACAGCCACACCGAGACCGCCGUG